AUGGCUUUCUCCUUAAAACCCACAAAUAUUUCUUACCAGAGACUCUUCAUGUUGUCUCUAUUUGUCAUCUCAAUAUCUCUAACGUUCUUGGUUCUUUCAUUCAUGGUCAACGCUCGGCCUUUGGUCAACGAGUUCCACACUCACCGGACCGAGUUAUCGGUCAUCAUCAACGAUCUUAAGUGGUUCGGCAAAAAAACCGAUCGAAAGAAAGUCAAGGUUGGUCUGGUCAACUUAUCGGACGAUUAUAAUAAAAAGAUCGCGGGCAGUGUUCAAGACGGCGUCGUAGAGGUAGUCUCGGUACGUUUCGCACGUGUGGAUAGUAAUAGAGAGAGAUUAAUUAAGUGGGAAAAACUAUUUCCAGAGUGGGUUGAUGAGGAUGAGAAGUGGGGUCCGCCCAAGUGCCCGGAGAUUCCAAUGCCGCCGCGGAUGGAGGAGGAGGAGUACGGUGACCUCGACGUGGUGGUGGCGAGGGUGCCGUGCGGGAAGAAAGGGUGGUGGUCGUCGAAGGAGGGGAUUAGGGAUGUGUAUAGGUUGCAAGUGAAUCUUGUGGUGGCUAAUCUUGCGGUGGCGAGUGGGUUCAGGGAUUUUGAUCGGACGAUGUAUGUUGUGUUUGUGGGGGCGUGUGGGCCCAUGAUGGAGAUGUUUAGGUGCGAUGAUUUGGUUAAGCAUGUAGGGGAUUUUUGGCUCUACCGGCCUGAUUUGAGGAGGCUGAGACAGAAGGUGGCCAUGCCGGUUGGUUCAUGCAAGAUUGCUUCUCCUCUACUAGAGACAAGGAAAGAAGAAGGUUCGAUAUCUUUAAAAGCACAAUCAAUUGUGCUAGAGAAGCUCAACCACACAUCAUACCAACAAAGGGAGGCCUAUGCAACAAUCCUCCAUUCCUCAGAAGCAUAUGUAUGUGGUGCAAUAGCUCUUGCUCAAAGCCUAAUCCAAUCUAACUCUACCAAAGAUCGUCUCCUCCUUCAUGACAAAACAAUCUCCAUCAAAUCCCUCCAAGGACUUAGAGCCGCCGGAUGGAAAACCCGACUAAUCCAACGAAUCCGAAGCCCCGUAGCCAAGAAAGGUUCAUACAAUGAGUACAACUAUAGCAAGCUUCGACUAUGGCAACAAACUGACUAUGACAAAAUCAUGUUUAUAGAUUCCGAUCUAUUAGUCCUCAAGAACAUCGAUAAGUUCUUCGAUUACCCCCAAUUAUCUGCAGCGCCAAACAAUAAGGUUUUGUUCAAUUCUGGGCUCAUGUUAAUCGAGCCAUCCUUGUGCACAUUCGACAACUUGAUGUCAAAAACGCGUAGAUUGAAUUCGUACAACGGGGGCGAUCAAGGGUUCCUGAACGAAGCGUUUACGUGGUGGCAUCGGUUGCCUAAAAAUCUCAAUCAUUUGAAGGUUUUUGCUGUGGAAAUGAAUGGGAAACAUGAAAUACCAAGUGAUGUUUAUGCUAUACAUUUCUUGGGUUUCAAGCCAUGGACUUGUUAUAGGGACUAUGAUUGUAAUUGGGAUAGGGAUUAUAUGAACAGAUUUGCUAGUGAUGAUGCACAUAAAAAGUGGUGGAUGGUCCAUGACCACAUGUCAAAGGGGUUGCAACAAUAUUGUGCACUUUCUAGCAAGGCUUAUGAAAGGAUUAUGGAGAAUAGAGAGGCUGCCAAGAAGGCUAAUCUCCCUAAUGGCCAUUGGAGGAUCAAUGUGAAACACCCCUAG